AUGUCCAAGAGAAGCAGCGUCGCGUCCUCGAGCGCGAACGGCGCCAUGGGAAAGACUAGCUCCAGUAAUGAUCAGCCUGGCUUCUGCGGAGUCAUGUCCACCUUCUCGUCUCUGCGAUACUGUCUGGGCGAUCCGAACUCGUUGGGCCAUGUCUGGCUGGCGCUGGCCUUCCUACCCUUCGGCCUGUUUUUCGAUUUCCUCGAUGGGAGGGUGGCGCGGUGGAGAAAUAAGAGCAGUCUCAUGGGUCAAGAGCUAGAUUCUCUAGCCGAUUUGAUCUCGUUUGGUGUCGCGCCGGCCAUGGUGGCGUUCACCAUUGGUUUUCGAUCCACCCUCGACACGGUUGGUCUCGCAUUCUUCGUCUUGUGUGGCCUGACGCGUCUUGCCCGCUUCAACGUCACCGUUUCAGUGCUUCCCAAAGACGCUACGGGCAAGAGCAAGUUCUUCGAGGGCACGCCCAUCCCGACGUCUCUCUUCCUCGACGGCCUCAUGGCAUAUUGGGUGUAUUGCGGUCAUGUCCUGGAAAAUGUGCCCUUUGGCGCAUGGUCACAGGACUCUGCGCUAGAGUUCCAUCCCGCAGUGCUUCUCUUCAUGUUGCAUGGAUGCCUGAUGACGAGCAAGACCAUCCGCAUACCUAAGCCAUAG